AUGCAGCACGCUUCAAACUCUCCAUGGCGCACGCCUGCGAUGGAGUACCCCAAGCCUCAGCAUGGUCUGCAGCAUACCAUAUCCAUGGUCAACCUCCAAAAUGACCAGUCAUGGUACAACAGUCGCGAUGCUUCGUCUCCAGCGACAUCGUCUGUUUCAUCUUGCACUAGUCGGAGCACCACGCCCACAAAAAUGAACAACAACCCAUGGUCCAAUGUGAUGACCAGCCCGGCUUCUACAUACUCGAAUAAAUCUACAGAUUCCUCGUCGCCCAAAAGCAGCCCAGACCGCACUCCCCAGUACAGUCGUUCCACAACGCCUCUCGCCCCCCAACCAAUACGAAUCAUAAAUGCGGUAGCUGGAUUUGCACCAUUGUCUCCGCCUCCAUCGGCAAACGGAGAAUCGUUCAGAAACGGCGAUUACCCCGGCUCGCCUAAUCCAUAUCGCCAACCUCUCCCUCCACCUCCCCCGCUAGUGCCCUUGGUAAAUGGGUUUAUCAAUACAUCUAUCCUGUCAUCUCAGGGCCAGUCAUUGUCUGGAUGGUUUUACGAGCUUGUCCGAAAGCAAGGCUGGGAUGCCGGCCUGGUAAAGAAGAUUUGGCAGUGGACCCUGUCGAACCCCAGGCUUGCGAUACUUUUGUAUGUAUGCGACGACGUGGCAUCGUGGCGACAGGCUUCCUUCUUCGACCUGAGAGAUGAAAGCUUGCCAUUCCCCGAGGAACGCCUCCAAGGUAUCGUAGCAAACGCACACAAAGUUGUCGAGGAGCAAUGGCGCGCUACGUCCAAGGAACUACCAUUGAAUGGAGGUCACGUGGACUUCACUACCAGGGAAACGCUUCCGCUGCAGCACCUGAGUCUUCUCCGAUCAUCGCGCAACUCUGAAAAGAGUGUGGACCGUAUUCGGAUGCUCGGCAACGACGACCGUGUUUUGGUUCGAAAGCGGUUUGUCACCGCUCGUCCAGCUCAGAAAGUCGCACUACUGGAGCAGAUCCUCCGUUUCAGACAGUUUGAACACAAGAACAUUGCCAAGCUGCUUUGUUCCUAUGCCCAGCCAAACCAUGUGGGUAUCUUGACGGAAAAGGCACAGUACAGUCUGGACGACUUCUUAGCGCUGCCUGGCAGCGACCCGGGCCGUUCCAAGUUGCUUGUGGACUGGAUGCAGGAUUUAUCGUCUGCACUUGAAUAUCUGCAUUCACAGUCCAUCUGCCAUCGCAACAUUCGACCACGCAAAAUCUUGAUUGAUGGAGCGCGUGUCUUUUUUGCGCCUUUCGACAUUGGUCAGAGCGUUGACGCGUUCAGUCCAACAAUGGCCGAGACACUACGAAUUGACCAGCUGAACACAAUCAUGCAGGACCAGUCGUAUGUUUAUGCCGCACCAGAAGCCAUCCACACACACUCGCGUGGAAAGAGGAUGGCAGACGUCUUCUCACUCGGAUGCGUGUUUCUGUCGAUGAUGACCGUAGCGCACGGUCAAUCACUGUCGGGUUUCGCACAGCACAGAGCAGCUUCAACGCAAGACACGUCUUUCCACGCACACCUUGACCGAGUAGCAAGCUGGAGGAACCGUUUACACGCAACCACUACUUCGAGUCUCCGAACAGGACUCAUUGGAUCCGGUAGAAAGCAGAGGCAACUCAAAGCAGAAGCGGAGUGGCUCAGCAUCAUCGAGAAGAUGAUCCUGCCCCGACCAAAAGAGCGAAUCAAAAUGAGCUACGUCCUUGCCAGUCUAAACAGCGGCAAAGUCACAGGCGGCCGACGCCGAAGCUUAGACGGCGGCGGCUUCAGCGGCCAAACCGCUGCCUCCCUCGGUCUCAACAACGGCACCUCAACCGCCACCCUCGUCGACAUCUCGGAGAAUACGGUUUCUGCACCUGUUGCGCCUGCGCCCCGCAAGCCCGAACUCAGCGUCUUUGACGGCUACUUCCAAACCCAGACGCGUCGCAUUGAACCUGCUGGGGGGUGGUAA